CUACCAUUGCACCUGUAUGUACUGUACAGUACAGCCUUGCUUUCUAGGCUACCAUAUCGCGACCUGUCAUCUCUCGUGGGGCCUGGUGAUCCUUUGAAUGCCCUCGCUCGCUACGUUUUCCUCAACAACUCACUUACAUAAUGGACGGCAUGGCGAAUUCUGCCUCCUCAACCGUAAUGCCCCCGACCCAGGCUCCGGCUCCUCCGGCAGAGGAGGGCGGCUCACCACAGCUGGACAGCGUCGAGGAAGACGACUUGGACGUCGACCACGACGACGCCCAGUCGUUUCUACAGCCGGCCAUCAGCCCUCUGGCUACCCUGCUCACGUCUCCCAGGGCUCCGACUGCCGACAAAGUCGCGGCUUUGGGGCGCCAGCCCGGCCUGUUUGAAACGCCGCCGGGCGAGGAAAUCAGUCAAAGCGGGCAGGCGGUGGCUGCUUCCGACAACAUGGCCACAAUUUCUGAGAGCAGUCCCAACCAGCGCCCGUCUCCGCUGACUCUCCCAUCUCCGUGGCAGGCUGGGCCGAAGCAGUUUAUGAUUUCUGAACCUGGCCGAUUCCGAUCGUCCAUGGCCGCGGCCUUCCAGUCCCACUCGAGGCAGCAUCGCUCGCAGUCGGCCGGAGAGAGCGCUUUGAAGAGGCUAUCCAAAGUGCUACCGAACAUCUCGAUUCCCUCAAGUCUCAUUCCGAAUAUUUCAACGCCGACAUUCUUCUCAUCCAGCUCUAGCGCACAGCAAAAGGAUCCUGGUCACGCAUCGGAGGCUCGGCCGCCAAGGGUACUUGUGUCGCCCCCGGCUCCGUUUCCGGGUCCUAGCUCGCCACAGGAGGUUUCGAUCCGGUCCGAUACGGCGCCGCUCCGACCCUUGCGGCAUUCCGCCUCGGACGACUCGCUCCUCUAUCACACGCUCUCCCACGUCUCUUCACUCGGGGACGACGAACGCUUCGCCCACGUUCGCGAGCAGGUGAACGUGCGGAUCAAGGCGAUCAAGGACAGUUUCGAGGGCCCGUCGUUCAAGCUGCCGCAGAUGCCGAGUCUUCUCAACACACCGCUGAAAAAGGCAGCGACUGAACCCCUGCCGGGGGCGAGCCGGUCCGGUUCCGCGCACAACAGCCAGCGCGCCAACCAAGACCCUCUGGACGCGGUGCUAGAAUCCUUGACCGGAGACGUCGUGAUCAUGGGCGGGUAUAGGGGCUCCAUCUUGCGCUCGGCGAAGCCCCCCCACAGGCGGCUCUGGGUGCCGGUCAAGGUGCAGCUGGGAGUCCGCAAGGUCAACCUCGAAGUCGGGCUGGAUCCCGAGGACGAGGAGAACAUGGAGAAGCACAUCAUUGCCGACGGCAUGCUCAAGAACGUCGGCCCGGUCGACAUCUCGAAGCGGCUGUUCAAGAAGUUGCGGGAGUGCGAGAACGCCCGGACGGGGAAGCUCAGGGUCCACGAUUACGGCUACGACUGGAGACUCAGCCCGCACUUGCUGUCGCGCAAGCUGGUCGGGUUCCUCGAGAAGCUGCCGUCGAACCAGCCGGGCGUCCCGAAGGAGCGCCGGGGCGCGCUGGUCAUUGCCCACAGCCUCGGCGGCGUCAUAACCCGGCACGCGGUGAACCAGCGGCCCGAGCUAUUCUCGGGCGUACUGUACGCCGGCGUGCCUCAGCGGUGCAUUAACAUCCUCGGGCCGCUCCGCAACGGCGACGCCGUCCUCCUGAACGAGAAGAUCCUCACGGCCCAGGUCAACUUCUCGCUCCGGACAACCUUUGUCUUCCUCCCGGAAGACGGCUUCGGCUUCGUCGACAAGGUCACCAAGGAAGAGUACAGGAUCGACUUUUACAACGUCCAAGACUGGAUCAAGUACCGCCUCUGCCCCUGCGUCUCGGGGCCCCCGCUGCCCGCCCUCUCGCGGAGCAGCACCUUUGGUUCCCUCCUCAGCCUGUCGGACUCGCUUCCGAGCCUACCUCUCCGCAGCCGAAGCGGCACACAGGGCAAGAAGCACCACAGCGCGGCGGCGUCCGAAGCCAAGGACGCGGCCCUCCUCAAAGACCGGACCCUCGCUCCCCAGAUGAACAGCUCCUCCUUCUCCUCCUCCCCCUCGUCCUCCUCCUCCACCGCCACCACCACAAAGCCUCCCGGCAGCUCUCUUGACCCGCCCCCGUCCACGUCCAAGAACCGGGUCCCGAACGGCGACAGUAACGGCAAGAACGACGACGGCUCGUCGGCCACGCGGGCGCGCAACAUUGCCUACCUGACGCGGACGCUCGCCGAGACGAAGCGGUUCCGGGCCGAGCUGGCGCACAACCCGGCGCACCAGGAGGCCAACGCGUACCCGCCGCUGGCCGUCCUGUACGCCAAGGACAUACCGACGACGUACGCGGCGGGGGUGGCCGGGCGGGAGGCGAUCGCGCGCGCCGACGCGUACGACGACCUGCUCUUCGCCAGCGGCGACGGCGUCGUCCUGGCGCGCGAGGCCAUGCUGCCGCCCGGGUACGAGCUCGUGAGGGGCGGCAGGGUCUGCACCGACCGCGGCCACAUCACCAUGCUGGGCGACCUGGCCGCCGUCGGGAAGGGCCUGGCCGCGCUUGUGCGGGGGAGGAGCAAGGGGAUCGGGCUUGGGAAGAGAGGAUGAUGAUGAUGAUGAGCGGGCA